UCAUGCUGCUGCCAAGUCCAGAGUCUCUCAUGGGUCCCUGUACGGCCUCCCAUUGCUGCUGUCUCCAUCGCCACACUCUGCCAUGUGCCACUUUCAGGUCUCCUCACACACUGCUGGUGUGUUCCAUUUUUUGUCAUAGGGUGCUGGCAGAUUACGGGCCUCCCAUAGCUGCUGCCAGGCCCCUAAUCUGCCAUGGGCCCCUAUACCGCCUCCUCAUGCUGCUGCCAAGUCCAGAGUCUCUCAUGGGUCCCUGUACGGCCUCCCAUUGCUGCUGUCUCCAUCGCCACACUCUGCCAUGUGCCACUUUCAGGUCUCCUCACACUGCUGGUGUGUUGAAUUUUUUG